AUGACUACGCAAGUACAUAUUUGGCUAGAUGGACUAGCACUUGAACUUUUCAACGCGUUUGAAAAUUUAGAGUCAGCUCUAAGAAAGUACAAGAAAGCGUUCAUAGUGAUAAUGGCACAGUACGAGGACAUGACGAGCUUCAACACCAAUCUGGACGCGGUAAACACGUCCCUAGUCGAGACCAUCGUUUUGUUACAAGAAUCCGGCACGUUCCUCGAGGACGUCCUGUCCCAAAUCGAGUACUUAAAACGCUCUUUUAGCGCUGUUGCUACUUUACUUCGUGCCUCUGUCAAGGAAAUGGUGAACAAAUCACGACAUACGGCCAGAACCUCCACGUCGCCUGACCAGACUUUUGAAAUGGAAAGUUUUUCUCUCUUGGAUAUAGAGCAAUCUGUGCUUUACCAAGACACUUUGGCAUUACAAGCUUGCUACGAAAUCUUUACUGAUCUCAUUUCGGGAUGGGACUAUCUCAUUUUGUAUCACAUCUCCCCUGCCAUCUGUACCCUUACCCAGAUCGGUAUAUACACGAAUGCCCGUGACAGAACAAGCCAAAAUAUCAGGACCUUGGGGGAAUGGUGGCAGGACGCCGUGCCAAAAGUGUCAAUCGUUGUGGCAUUCGGAAAGAACAUGAAGAUUUUGAAAUUGGAUCUUGAGGACAUUGUGUCAGGUACAAUCCCAGAGACGUACCAGAUGGCCAAACCAAAGGACCAAAAAGCUACGAAGAAAGCUGUUGUAAAGAUUUUGAAACGUAUAUCACGACAUACUUCUCAGCGUCUAGGAAGACCAUACCAGCUGAGAGCUAGAUAA